AUGAUGGCCGCGAGGCGCGCCAGCAGCAUGGAUCCCUGCGCAGUUGGAGGCCCCGACCCCGUAGCUCACUACAGUUCUUGCCCUCCGCUGCCUGUCAUUCGGCAGCCGGAGGAUACAGCUCUCUCUGCCUGCGAUACUUGCCCAGCCCCCCGCGCCGGCUUAAGGCAGCACGGGUCUGGCGUAGCGGUGCUCAGGGCCUCGCGUCAAGAGUCGCCGCCGGCGCCGCACGUCAUCACGGAUAAGACUCCACGCGCAGAGCUGCUCGUCGUCAUCAUGCAGCUGCAAGCGGACCUCACGCAGCGCACGGAUAGCGUGAACGCUAUUCAGCGAAACUUUGAGCGACUGAGCGCGAUGCAUCAUGCUGAGCAGCUCGAGCUGCGGCGCUUGCGUUUGUUGGAGAAGAGGCGACCGGAAGCCGAGAUCGACGGCCACAAAGCUGCGACACGGCAACUGGAGAGCGUUUUGGCGGAGAUGCGACACAAAGCGCUGAGGCAGCAGACCACAUUCGCCAAGAUGGAGGAGGAGCUGCAGGCGGCAAACCGCUCGUGUGCGCUUCAGAAAGGCAUAGCGCGACUGAUCGCGUCGCACGCGGAUGGACUUCGAGAUGUCCUGCAGGCGGAGGCGGUGGAGCACUCUCAGCUUUACAGGUCUGCUGUCGGUGAGCGUGCCGGCAUCAGCUCUCGGUAUGAGGCGACGCAGCAGCAGGUUUUAUGCAAGGAUGUCGCGCAGCUAGUGGCCCAUCACCAGGCGCAGAUUGUGUCCAAAUUGAUGCGAGGUGGCGCUGCCGAGAGCUGCUGGCUCCUGAAGAGGUCAGAGCAGGUGUCCACUGCCACCCUACUGGAACUGGUGCAUCAGGGGCUUCGUGAGACGGCCGAGGCGGUGCACCAGUAUAUCGCCGCCACACACGCGACUGACCAAGAACGCGUGCUCGCCGAGGCCGAAGACCAACGUGACCGCGAGGAGCUGCGGCGUGCGCUGGGAGAAACGCUGCGCCUUCGACUGCGUGCGACGGAGGAGGCUGAGACGACGGGCCGAAGGGUGCUUCUCUUUGGCGCACGUGAGGCAUUCGCUACUGCUCAGCAGGCCUUUGAGGAGGCAUGCUUGCUGAAGGCGAACGCGGAGGCAGCGGCAGCGGCUACUCGCUCAUCGUGGGAAGUGACAACCGCUUUGCUCACGCGUCGCGUUUCGGACUGGCGCGACGCUGCGGAUGUGCGACUCGUUGACUUUCACAACACCAUUGAGGCCUCCAUGACCGAGACGGCAAGGGUGCGUGACGCACAGAGGCAGCAGACUGCACAGCAGCUCCUGCUGGCCGAACGGAAACGGCUAGAGAACUUGCAUGCAUCUCAGAUGCAGGCCAUGCAGGCGGACUGGAGACUGCAGAGAGAUGCUGUGCAGCAGACGCAUGCAAUGCAGCUGGGGCAGGUGCGAAGCGACCUCGUGGCUCAGGUACAAGUCGCCGAGGACCGUCGCGUGGUGGCGGAGAGGCGGACUGGCGCCCUUGACGCCGCUCUCAUUCAAAUACAACGGGACCACGCUGCGUCAGUGCAGGCCGUCGAGGCGCAUUGGCGGUCUGCCCUCUCGGACGCAGUGAGCCAGUGCGAGCGGCGUUGGAGGACGAUGUUCGAGGCCUCUCAAGAGCGGCAGAAAGCCUCUAGUGGGGCGGUGUUGCAACUUCUGGUUGAUGUGCUGCGCACCCGUGGCCACUGCGUGUAUGAGGAGCAGGCAGAACGCGCGGCGUUGUGCAGCCGUCACUGGAGGAAACAGACGCAGCACCUCCGAGACGAACAGGCUGACGUGGUGCAGCAUGGUGUGGCGACCGCGCUCGUGUUUGAGCGUGUGCGGUGUCAUGCGGAGGACGAGGCUACGAGUCGUGCUGUGCUGCACGCAUGCGAGGCUGCCGACUGGGCGGCACUCGUGAAGAAAGAGGUAACACACAACGCGCAGGUUCAUCAUACCGUAUUCAUGGCUGCUGCAGCUGCCCGACUGGAAGGCCUACGCGCAGAGACAGCUGAGCGAGAGGUUAGGUGGCAGCAGCGUCUUGAUGCACUGGAGGCAGACCUUCGACAAGCACAGCAAGAGCGCUUAGCAGCGGCGAACCGCGCUUCUGAUGCUGUUGUUGCAGCGCAGGAGGCACACACCGCACUCCAGGCCACUCAGCGAGAUUUCGCCGCAUACAGGUGUGGUGUCGGCGCUGCGGCGCAGCGCAUCGAGGUGGCUGAGAGUGCGACGGAGAGCGCGUGUUGUUGUUCUCUAUGCCUGGAGCUGUAUCGCAGGCCCGUUGCCUGCGUGCCGUGCGGGCAUGUUUACUGCGCAAACUGCCUCCUGCGGCACACACGGAACAGGUCGCUGUCGAGUGUUACUUCGUCAUUUGUUUCUGCUGCGGGCGCCUCAACCGGCGAGAAUGAUGCGGUGGGGGCGGGGGCUGAGCUGGAGGCGACCCACUGGCUCCGUCGCAAGUCUGCGCCACACGCCUCCCUCUUCUGUCCCGAAUGCGCGUCUACGACAGUGUCGACCGUGGUGGAGCUGCCGAUUCUUGGUGAGCUCACGGCGAAAUACGACUAUAAAAAACGAAGCCUUGCGGUGCUCCUGGCGGAGCUGCGGUGA